CUAGCUCGUCAAACACAAACAUCUCGACUUUCUUUCUCGACUUUGUAUACAUAUAUAUAAAUAUAUAAAUAUAUAUAUAUGUAUAUAUAUUUCCACUAAACAUCGUCUUCACACCUGAGCUCCUGGCCGGCUGAGAGGGAGACGACGUGUGGAGCUGAGUCUCAGAAGACGCCCCGAGCGUUCCUACUUCCAUCAUGUCUCACAACUACCCCUACAGACCGCCUCCGUCCGACUCCGAUCACAGACCUGAUCACAGACCUGAUCACAGACCUGACCCCGGACCUUACGGCUCUUCGGACCGCCGUCACGCCUCAUCGGACCGCGACUUUUACAGGCCGCCUCAGGAGUCCUUCUCCCCGUCCCUCCCGCCGUCGUCCUUUUCCUCCAGAGGGUCCCAGUGGUCGCAGGACGGCGCCCUCAGCAUCCUGAACAGCUGCGGUCUGGAGCCCGCCGACUUGGCGCUGCUGGCCGAGCUGCCCGAAGACGUCCUCACCGUCGAGUCGCUGCCUCAAGUCCUCAAACAGAUCAAAGGAAAAAGGGGGACCGUCAAACCUCUCACUCCCGAUAAUCUUUCUCCUUCUUACUCCUCUACUUCCUCUUACACCCCCAGCUCCUCCCGUCGUCCCGCUGUGAACCCCACCGCUGGCGCCUGGGAUCCUCCCCACAACCAGCCGCUCCAGUACCCUCUAGACCAGGUAACUCCGGGUCCUCUUUCAUCUGAUCUGGACCGCUGGGGGAAUCCCAGGACCUCCAGCUCUGUCACAAAAGACAUACCAUCAUUGCUAUCGCCCUCCAGCUUUGUGGUGGACUACAACUACAGACCAGGACCUUCUGAUUAUGGUAAAACAGGCAGAGACGCCAGUCCAGGGUUCUCUCAGGACUACAACCACAGACCAGGACCUUCUGAUUAUGGCAAGACGGGCAGAGACGCUGGUCCAGUUUUCUCCCAAGACUACAACUACAGACCAGGACCCACUGCUUAUGCUAAUGCUGGUCCAGUUUCCUCUCAGGACUACAACCACAGACCAGGACCUUCCAGUUAUGGCAAGACAGGCAGAGACGCCAGUCCAGUGUCCUCUCAAGACUACAACUACAAACCGGGACCUUCUGAUUAUUGCAUGACGGGCAGAGAUGCCGGUCCAGUGCCUUCUCAGGACUACAACCACGGACCAGGACCCUCUAAGUAUGGUAAGACAGACAGAGACACCGUUCCAGCGUCUUCUCAGGACCGACCCUCUUUCAGCUCUGCAGGAAGACCCAAAAGAAAUCGUCCUUCCCGGUUCUCUCAGGCAGAACCAGCUGAUCAAAGGCCAGCUCCUUCCCCUAAAGAGCACCAUCCAAAAACUGGUGGUGAGCGCUGUGAGUCUCGGACCUCCUCCAUCAAAAGCCGGUCCGCCGCCACCGCCACUGCAGCCGCUGCCGCCAUGCCCUCCAAGAAAGAAGCUCUGGACUUCCACGGGACGUCUCCGCAGGGGUUCCCAUACUCGUGCUCUCUGUGUGAUAUCACUGUGAUGUCAGAGAAGGUGUGGAUUAAACACAUAAACGGACCUCACCAUGCAGACGGACAGCUCAGCCUGCUGCAGCAGUUUCCUAACUGGGACUGUCGCAUGGAGACAAUCAUCAGGCCUGAUGACCAAUCGGAGAAGAAGAAGGAUGAAGGGAAGCCCGCCCAGCAGCCCCAGACAGCCAAUCAGAACUCCUCCAACUCGCAGCCGAAUAAAAAAAACCAAAAGAAGACGUCAGAGAAAGGUAAAGUGGUGUGUGUGAGGUUCCCGGCUCAGUCCGUGGACGAGGCGUACCUCAGGAAGCUGGCCGAACCGUUUGGAAAGAUCGUCAAGAUCCUCAUGUUUCCGUCUCUGGCGUUUGUGGAGCUGGGCACCAACGACCAGGCCAAGGACUUGGUGAAGUUCCAUUUGAACCAUCCUGUGACUGUGAACGGAGAGAGGAUGGAGUUCAGGAUCUCCAAUACCUUCAACUUCCUCCAGAGUUCUCGGGUGGUGAGUUUCUCUCCGGCUCCAGUGGGAGAAAACAGCCAAUCAGAUCUGAUCAGCAUCAUCAAGCGCUUUGGAUCGCCGCUGUACACCCUGUUCCUGCCGUCUAAGGCCUUUGUAGAGAUGAAAAAUACUCCUGAUUCUCAGAAGUUGGUGGAUUAUUAUUCCUCCAGAACUCUGAUGAUCAACAAUGACUCCAUCAAAGUGUCCUUCUCUGGAGAAUACAAGAGCCUCAUGCGGGUCACUUCAGCUAAGAGGUACGAAGAGGACACGUCUUCGACCAAAAGGACGAGGAGUUCGAGCAGAGAGAAUGAAGACAAUGCGACGGAUACCAAGAAGAGGAGGAGCAGUGAGGACAGAGAGAAGGAGGAGGAGGGAAAGAAAUCUAGAGACAAGUCCAGCAAAGACAGGAGGUCCAGGUCUAAGUCCAGGUCCAGAGAUAAAUCUAGCAGAGACAAGACGAACAAAACCAGGUCUAAAUCCAGAGAAAAGUCCACUAAGGAGAAAAGCACCAGAAUAAAGUCUGAAUCCAGAGAUAAGUCAGUAGAAAAGUCCAGCAGAGAGGGGCGGUCUAGGUCCAGAGACAAAUCCAGCAAAGAGAAGGCGACCAGAACCAGGUCUAAAUCCACAGAAAAGUCCACAAAAGAGAAAAGCACCAGAAUAAAGUCUGAAUCCAGAGAUAAGUCUGUAGAAAGGUCCAGCAGAGAGACGAGGUCCAGGUCCAGGUCCAGAGAGGAAUCCAGCAGCAAGUCCUCUGAGCAGAACCAGUCCAGAGAAAAGUCGGUGGUGCCAGAGAAAGCGGAGAAGACUGACUCUGAAUCCAGAACUGAUCCUGAUCCAGCUCCUGUCAAAGACUCCAAACCAGAAGCUGAAGACAAAGAAGCCAUUGAAGAGGAGGAAGAAGAAGAAGAGUCGUCUGCAGAGGAGAGCGACAUCGAGGGGAUGGAGGUGAUCGGAGAGGACGGAGAGAGUCUGGAGGAUGAAGAUGUGGAAACUCAAGAUGAGGCCGAUGUGGAGGAGGAGGAGGAAGAAGAGGACAAGAUGGAGGAAGACAACGGUCCUGCAGAGAGACUAGACUCACCUAAAGAAGAUAAAAAGGAGGUGAAGGUUGAAGAGGCUGAUGAUCAGGAGAAAGUGAUGGAGAUAAAGCAGGAGGAAGCUGAUGAUCAGGAGAAAGUGAUGGAGAUAAAGCAGGAAGAGGCUAAUGAUCAGGAGAAGGUAACGGAGAUAAAGCAGGAAGCGACAGAAGACGGGGUGGAAGAGGAGGAGAAACCUAUUGAGGAGGAAGAAAAAGCAGAGGAGACUCGGCUGGAGGAGGACGAGGAGGAACCAGAUUUCCCGAUAGACCUGGAGAACUGCAUCACACUGGAUGAACUGGGAGAAGACCAGUCUGAUGACCAAGUUGAAGAAGUCCGAGACGAAUCUGAAUCUUCGGCCUCCCGAGUGGUUUACUUCACCAACAUCCCCGUGUUUCCCUACGCCGACGCCGACUUCAUCAGGCUGGUGAAAGCUUUUGGGACGGCGGAGAGAUUCUGUCGCAUUGUCGGACGCAGAGCGGGUUUCAUCGAGAUGUCGACUUCCUCUGAGGCUCUGAGAGUCGUGAAAGAGUUUAAAUCUAAACCUCUCACCGACCAGGGCUUCAAAGUCAAAGUACACAUCUCCGACAAAUACAAGACACUCCCCAACGGGUGGUCGGCUAAGUUGGCCAAGGACGGAGGGAAGAAGGUCAGCAGGAGUCAAAGCAGCAGCAGGAGGAGGAGUGGGAGACUAAACAUGGAUGAAUCUAAUAAGAGGAAGUCCGAGGGGAUCGAGAAGGCCUUGAAUAAGACUCCAGAAAGAGACUCAACGUCUAAAAAGACUCAAGAAAAAGAGUCAACGUCUAAAAAGACUCAAGAAAAGAGUCAACGUCUAAAAAGACCCAAGAGAAAAAGUCAACGUCUAAAAAGACUCAAGAAAAAGAGUCAACAUCUAAAAAGAAUCUGGAGAAAGAGUCAUCGUAAAAAGACUCUAGAGAAAGAGUCAUCGUCUAAAAAGACUCCAGAGAAAGAGUCAUCAUCUAAAAAGACUCCAGAGAAAGAGUCUACGUCUAAAAAGACUCCAGAGAAAGAGUCAUCAUCUAAAAAGACUCCAGAGAAAGAGUCAACGUCUAAAAAGACUCAAGAGAAAGAGUCUACUUCUAAAAAGACUCCAGAGAAAGAGUCAUCGUCUAAAAAGACUCAAGAGAAAGAGUCAUCGUCUAAAAAGACUCCAGAGAAAGAGUCAUCGUCUAAAAAGACUCCAGAGAAAGAGUCAUCGUCUAAAAAGACUCCAGAGAAAGAGUCAUCGUCUAAAAAGACUCAAGAGAAAGAGUCAUCGUCUAAAAAGACUCAAGAGAAAGAGUCAUCGUCUAAAAAGACUCAAGAGAAAGAGUCUACUUCUAAAAAGACUCAAAAGAAAGAGUCAACGUCUAAAAACACUCCAGAUAAAGACUUGUCUAUAAAGGCUCCACAGAAAGUAUUGUCUAAACAGACUCCAGAAAAAGACUCUUUGAAAAAGACUCAAGAGGAGGAGUCAACGUCGAAAAAGACUCAAGAGGAGGAGUCAACGUCGAAAAAGAGUCCAAAGAAAGUAUCGUCUAAAAAGACUCCAGAGGAAGCCUCAUCUGAAAAGACUCCAGAGGAAGAGUUGGUGAAUCAAAAGACUUCAGAAAGAGAGUCAACAAAGACUGAAGAGAAGAAGAAUUUAGCUGAGGAGGAGUCUGCUGCUAAAAAAGCUCCGGGAAAAGAGUCCGUCUGUGAAACGAGUCCAGAAAACAAAGGGUUAAAAAGAAAAGGGAAUCAUGAGAACGACUUGGUGCCUGAAAAGAAAAACAAGAAGAAGGAGUUGACAAAUGAUGAGAGAAAAAAGUUAGCGACCCACGAGAAGGAAGGAUCAACAAAGAAGAAUCCGGAGACGGACGAGUGUAGAGACAAAAAGAGUCCAGAGAUGGACGAGACUGAAAACAAAAAGAGUCCAGAGACAGACGAGUGUAGAGACAUAAAGAGUCCAGAGACAGAGCUGUAAGACAAAAAGAGUCCAGAGACAGAUGAGUGUAGAGACAUAAAGAGUCCAGAGACAGACAAGACUGAAAACAAAAAGAGUCCAGAGACAGACGAGUGUAGAGACAUAAAGAGUCCAGAGACAGACGAGUGUAGAGACAAAAAGAGUCCAGAGACAGACGAGUGUAGAGACAUGAAGAGUCCAGAGACAGACGAAGACAAAAAGAGUCCAGAGACAGACGAGUGUAGAGACAAAAAGAGUCCAGAGACAGACGAGUGUAGAGACAUAAAGAGUCCAGAACAGACGAGUGUAGAGACAAAAAGAGUCCAGAGACAGACGAGUGUAGAGACAGUCCAGAGAAAGAGUCCAGAGACAGACGAGUGUAGAGACAUAAAGAGUCCAGAGACAGACGAGUGUAGAGACAAAAAGAGUCCAGAGACAGACGAGUGUAGAGACAAAACCACUUCAGAGAUGGACACACUUGAAGACGAAAAGUCAUCCGAAGUUCAGGGGGAGACAUCUGAACCAGGACUGAAGGAUUCAGAGAGUCCUGAUCAACCAGACUCUACUGGAGAUCCUCCAAAACCCCAGACUGAACAGAAAGCUGCUGUUGAUCGGCUGCAGGACUUGGAGGCUACGCUCCAAGUGCAGCAACCAUCUGGACCUGCAGGGAGCGCUGCAGAGCUACGAGAACCCACCGGACCUGUUGGAACAGAGUUUGUUCGUCCGGUCGUUGGUUACUUCUGUAACUUGUGUCAGGUGAUCUACGCCGACGAGGAUGAAGCCAAACUGCAGCACUGCAACACCCUGACCCACUACAUGAAGUACCAGGAGAAGACAGGCAAAGAUCCGUGGGCGAGCUGAACAUUUCAAUAACACAACCUCAUGAAAGACUGAUGACACACAAACCAACACUGAGUUAUUGAUCUAUUCCUCUGAAAUUUAAUGAGGAACUUCUGAACCAGUUUGAACCUUUUUUUAAAUUUACCCAGAAAUCUGAAUCAGGAACGCAAGAGAGAAGAAAACUUGGACUUUCAGAUUUGUUGUUUUAAUUUAAUUUCUCUGUAAAAUAUUCAGUGUUUUGCUCGAGGACACAAAGUCUGGGUUUAUUAUUUAUUAUUGUGUCAUGCAUAAAUAAUAUUACCAACCCAAACAGACUUAAAAGACAAGAAAAGAGAGACUAGAAACAAGAGUAGCAACAUGCUUUUUUCCUGACAUUAUUUUAAAAUUUCAGAAACAAAGCCAACUUAAAAUAAUUAAUAUUAAACAGCUAUUUAAUUUAGUUAGUGUCAGUGAACCAAAACAUUUCUGGAUUUUUACCGGCUUUUUUAUUUGAUAUAUAUAUUCUUAACUCAUGAGGACAAACAGAAAAUUUGAUUUAUUCUCAACUCCAAAUUUGCAGAAAUUCAGUUUUCCUCCUGGAUGUUUUAAAUUCUGCCCUCUUCAAAGUUCAGAUGAAGGAUUCUUGUUCUCAACGGUGAAACUAAAAACCUUUUGACUCCUUGAUCAUUUUGCUAGAACAUAAAAAUGUGUCAUAAAUGUGCUUGAUUAGAAAAUAGGUUUCAUAACUGUUUGUAACCCAUUUUUCUUCAAAUCCAGUAAGUAACUUUCAUUUCCAGCUUCAAAGGUCAUAAAUUCUUCAAAUGUACAUCCAAAUAUUUAUGUUAGUUCAGAAAUGUCGGAGAGAGUCAUGAGUCAUUUCUGUUAAAAUCAGCUGAAAGAAAGUGAACAUUAAAGCUGUUACUUUGUAAUUUUAGAAAUGUUGUUCAUGUCAAAUGUAUUUUAAAGGACUGUAAAAUGACUUUCUAAUAAGAGUUCAACA